AGUCGCAGUGGUAACACGAACGAGAGGGUAGUUGCACGCGCCUGCCUUCGAAAGGAAAGAUCGCGAGGUGAAGAGAGGUGAACGAGAGACACACCGGAGGGAGAGAUCGAGAUAGAGAAAGAGUGUGAGGAAGAGAGGAUUCGAGAAAGGGAAGAAGGGAGCGGAAACACAGAGUGAGCGCGCGCCCCUUUCCUCCGUUUUCAGUGUUUCAGUCUCACGCGACGACUACGGCACUCAGGUCAGUUCAACCGGUGACGAGGCAGCCGAACAAACGCGAUACACGAUACACGCGUCGUUACGUCGUCCGGUCGGUGGUUUGAAGAGAGGGAGAAAGAGAGAGAGAGAGAUAGAUAGAGGAGAGGCGAGGAGAGAAACACGAACGAACGAAAGCAUCAGUCGAAAAGAAGACGCGUCUCGCACGAGUAGGAAGAACGAGACUGCGGACGCUCUUGUAACACGAACACGCACAAACUCGCACGCGUCUGACAAGAGAAGCGCAGUGGGGAUAUCGAGAAGGCCAUUUUCGUUGCCGGUUGCGUGGUUUUACUGUAUACCGGCGUGUUUCCAGCGCGAGAAGAAACGAGCGACUGACUAACCGCUUCAACUUUUGUGUGAACGAACCGAGUGAGUCCACACGAGAGGGGGACUUAAACGAAGUUAACGCACAGUGCGAGCGGAAGAGGUAACGACCACAUAUAUCGAAACCGGCGACAUUACUUCCGCAUUUGCACGAAUUCAUUCGUUCUAAUCCGCGUGUCGUACGUAAUCGCCGUGAUCCCGUACGUAUUUGUAAGCAUCGCGACACACGCGUAAACCGGGGACAAGUUUAUUUCGCUGCCGUCUUCGUUGUAGUGUCGCCGUCGCUUCCGUCGCGUUUACGUCCCACCAUCGUUCCUCGAUUGUGACCGUCGUCGUCGUAGUCGUAGCGGCGCGAACUGUUUCGUGUAAUAAAAACAGUUCACUCGUUUGUUCGAUAAAGGUAAAGGACGACGAACGGAGGAGAGGAAGAAACAGCGAGCACGUUGUAUACUCGGUGAAGAACACAAAGCAGCGUGGAUUUCGGUGCGACGUUCCCAGUUGUCGUCGUCGUCGUCGUUGUCGUCUGACAUUUCUUCAAACCGGUGUCGCGCGAUUGUUUCUAAUCGAGCAAAAUGCCGACGAGUUUGUUCAGCGAGAUGGAUCGCGGCACAAACGGCGGUGCGCCGUCCCUCGAGGAUCAGCGCGCGCUUCAGCUUGCACUAGAGCUCUCGAUGAUCGGUCUGGAAAGCUCCUCCGGAUGUCCCGGCAACGGCAACGGCACCACCAACGAUCCGGAUUCGCUGCAGACCGCACCUACUGUCUUCGAGGAGUCGCGUUCCAAGAAGAGCCAGAACAUGACCGAGUGCGUUCCGGUGCCGAGCAGCGAACACGUGGCGGAAAUUGUCGGCCGACAGGGCUGCAAGAUAAAAGCAUUACGAGCGAAGACGAACACUUACAUCAAGACUCCAGUGCGAGGUGAAGAACCGGUGUUCGUCGUCACCGGGCGCAAAGAGGAUGUGGCUCGUGCGAAGCGCGAGAUCCUGUCUGCAGCUGAACACUUCUCACAGAUACGCGCGUCGCGCAAGAGCUCGCUCGGCGCACUUCUAGGUGCGCCACCGGGGCCACCGGCAACGGUGCCCGGACAUGUGACGAUUCAGGUGCGAGUGCCCUACAGAGUGGUCGGUCUGGUCGUAGGACCCAAGGGUGCGACCAUCAAGCGAAUCCAGCAUCAAACGCACACCUACAUUGUGACGCCGAGUCGCGACAAGGAGCCCGUUUUCGAAGUGACUGGUUUACCGGACAGCGUUGAAGCGGCCAGAGAAGAGAUACAAGCGCACAUUACCUUGCGCACCGGCACAGCCGCUGGCGUCGACGACACCGAUCUGCUGGGCCAGCUGUGUCGCGGCGGGCUCAGUUCGGUGCUUGGGAUUUCUCAAGGUAUCGAUCAGCAAGGAUCCAACAGCUCUAGCAGUUCGGCCAACGGCGCGUUCUCCAGCAGCGGCAGCGGCAGCUGCAGCAGCUCGUCCAGCAGUUCCGGCGCCAUCGGACUGAACGACAUCGUCGCGAUUUGGGGGGCCGGUGGAUUGGAGAGAGACGAAGGUCUGGGAGAGUCGCCGUCUUUCGAGUCGCAGCCGGCGUCGGCGUCGUCGAUCUGGUCGUUUCCCAGUGUCCCGCUACCAUCGAGACCCUCACCGCCGGCGACAGCGAGCCCAGCAUCACCUACGGACUCGCUCCUGGGAGCGCGGCGGGAAUGCGUCGUAUGCGGUGACAAAGAGGUCACAGCGGCUUUGGUGCCCUGUGGACACAAUCACUUCUGCAUGGACUGCGGCAAUCGGGUCUGCGAGAGCCAGGACCCGAGCUGCCCGCUCUGCUCCAGGCGUGUGCUCCAGGUGCUCCGUAUCUUCUCCUAAAGAGUGCUCCAUCGAGCCGCCCAUGUCGCGACACCCAGUAUACGCAGCGGCCGAUCCAGCAACCUAUCUUUUACCGUUCAUCGAGCGCGGAAGACGACCGAGACCAGCACCAGUGACAAACGCGACAGCAACGGAUGGCUCGCGGAAUGAUCCUAUCUUGGCGUUCCCGGAGUCACUGGCCUUUCACUUCGCUGUCAUCACCGUCGUCGCCGCCGCCGCCGCCGUUGUCACCAUCAUCGUCAUCGUUGUCAUCGUCGUGGUUGUCGCCAUUAUCCUAUGCCGAUGUGAUGCCGUUGUCGUCAGAGGACCGAACGCGCACAAUAUCUCAAUUCCACGGCUGCCAAUAAUCUCUUUUACGCGACGGGAAUUCGCCUCGAUCAAUCGGUCCGUUUCGUCGGUCGGUUGUCAUCGAGUCCGUCGAGUUCCCGCUGACCGGAUACAACGAAGCCAGCUUUUAAGUUCUAUGAGAUAUAUAUUUAAAGAGAGAGAGACAGAGACAGAGAUGGAAACACUUACCCACCGUUAUCGUCAUCGCUCCCCCGCUACUCCGUAUGCCCCACUCGCUUAUCCCCUGUCCUUUGACGCUUGCAUAGAUCGCGCUCGCGGCUCGUCGAGUACUCUGAUAAUAAGCUUUGACGUAUGAGAGAGACGGAAGUGUUACUGAAUACUUCCGGAUAUCAUCCGUUUGGAUUUUGACAAGCGAGAAAGAGCCUCUUUAUUGCCCGCAAAAGAUCGACGCUUCGAUAUUUCUGCGACUGAUAUAUAGUUAAGUAGCGAGACUGAUGAUCACACACCAUCACAAGACGCUACUCUGAUUUCCGUUUUUUUCACGCGGAGGUCGAGGUCCGCAAAUGGAUCGAUCUGGUUGCGGACCGUAUCAUACGAUCUCCGCUGACAACUUUUUAAACCGUAUUUCUUAACAUCGUGUUUUAUUAUUGUUGUUGUUUUAUUUUUUUAUUUUUUUAAAUUGUUUUUAAAUUCUCUGCUCGUUCCUGAAAUCUCUUGGGUCGAACGUUUGCUGGGGAACGGAGGCUGCUUGUUUAGCAUGUUGGAUCAUACAUCUUUCUCGAUUUUUUUUACUCUAUGUUUUAGUAUAUUGUUUUGACUGAGACCAUUGUUUUCAAAACACAUUUCUAAAAAUACUUUUUUGAAUUCCUUGACCGCUUUUGAGCCUAAAUAUAUACCUAAUUAUAUUCGGUCUCAAAGCAUGCUCUCGUAUCUUCGUCAGUAUCAAUUUUAAUCGGCAUCGAGAGAUACGAGUCCAACGUUUUAUAUUUGUCUAACCUGCGACGUUUGAUUUUGUGCCAAAAGGACUAGACAAAAAAACGAGAGGAAGAAAGAGAUCGUUUCGGCGAUCGCGCACUUGAGCACUAGAUUACGAUUUUUCGCGAAUCUCGCGUUUGAGUAUUUUUCUUUUCGUUUUUUUUUUUUUUUUGUUUUUGAACUCCCUCCCCCCUCCCCGAAAAAAACACGUACGAUACUUCUUUUGAUCUCAGCGUUCGCGCUCUAGGAACGCGCGUAGAAAACGUUAAGUUCUUAAUUAACAACAAUUCGGAAAAUGGAGGGGGUUUUUUGUUGCGCCGAAGUGUGUGUACAAUUAACAAAACUCGACGAACCUGCGAGCUUGCAAUCACAAGUGCGACAGUGAAGAUUGAACCGAGAAUUAUCUACUCGCGUACACACGUACACAGUCACACUUGGGUAACACACUGACAAAUGAUCUCGCACAGCAUCCUGCACGUGAAAAAAACACAAAAAAAACAAAAAAAAAAAA